AUGUCGGCCGGCUCCUCCCCGAGAGCCUUGCUCGUGAACAUUCCCUUCGAGGACGUGUUCGCUGAGGCUGAUUUUCGUCUGGAUCGUGAUGUUGUCCCCGAGAACGACGCUCGUGUCGAAGAUGAGAUGAUAGGCGACGAGGAUGCGGUUGACGAGGAUGCGGUUGACGAUGAAAUGAUUGACGACGAGGACAUCGUUGACGAUGAGAUGAUUGACGACGAGGACGUCGUUGUCGAUGAGAUGAUUGACGACGAGGACGCUGUCGACUAUGAUAUUAUUGCCGAGGACAUGCUAGUUGUCAACCUCCAGCUUGCUGUCCAGGACGAGGCAGCCAUUGAGGUCAACCCUCUUGUCGAUGGCGAUGCCGCGGUCGAUUACGAGCUUGCCAUCGAGCGCGAGAUCUUCCGCGAUCAUGAGGACAUCGAUUUGAUGGGGUUCGUUCUUCAGGGCAUGCCUCGAUAUCCGGCGAUGGAAGCAGUGUUCGAUCAGCUUAUGCGUCUGCGUAUUCAUCAUCCUGUCUAUGAGCCUAUGCCAAUAGAGGACAUGGACAACUUUGAGACCACGCUGGUCCACAACGACCCAGAUGCCGAUUCCUCUCGCACUGUCCCGAUCGUGAACUACAUGUUGGACAAUGUUCGCGUAGCUUCUCCCUACCCGCCUGCGGCGCCUCUCAUGCACCACUUCAUUGGCCUUGAUCUGUCUUCGAGACUCAUGCAACGCAUGGCGGUCAUCGAGCACAUCAUCCUCAAGGACAUGGGCGACGCAACCUUCCACGUUAACAUCGUCAUGCUGGUUAGCGAGCCCGGUAUCCGUCGCCGCGUGUUUCGCCCCACGGUCCUGGUCCACGCCGAGCUUAACUCGAACAUGGUCGAUGGCGACCUUUGGGGUCCCCACACCGUCUAUCGCGGUAGUCGUUGGUUGUACACGACGGACAAGCUCCGUCGCUACCUCCGCAACAGCGGACUUGGCUACGUCGCCGUCGAGUUCCGCGAGAAGGGUUUUCAGGACAAUGAAAUCACUCCCUUUGAGCAGCCCGGCUCGGUCCUCGACAUUCCGGAGUUCGCUGAGUUCAACGAGCACGAGGGCCUUAUGUUCAUGGUUCUGGACUACCUCACCGACUACGAUGCGAACAUCACGCCGCACCUCGAGUCGAUGCAGGUCAGUUGGGUGUGCUGGCCCCACAACCGCCACCACGGUGACUACCCGGCCUUGGUCUUCGAGUUCGAUCUGGACUUCGACCAGUUCUACUGGCCCGCUCUGGCGCAGGCUACGCGCAACAUGCUCGACGUCAUCGGUGGAUCUUGGGAGGAUCUUCCCAUCCUCUUCCGCUGGGCUGGUACCACUCGCCUCGGCUGGUAA